ACAGUUAUUUCUCUGUCAAUGCAUACAUCUUUGUUCUCUGUUAUUCGUGGAUCGUGUUCUUCUAGUUGGCCCACAAAUGGCCAUCGUUGUCAAAAUACGAGCGAUUUUGCUUAGGUUUCGCUUUAUUUUGCUCCAUCGAGUAUUCAGUAGGACAUAAAUGAUCGACGCAUUAUAGCGUCAGAUCGUCCGAUGUGAAAUGUUCAAGUCAAACUUUAGUUAGCUCGGGUUUAAUAAGAAAAAAUGCUGCGAUUUCUAUCGCGUCGGCGGGGACGCAGUCUUGGCGGACAGACUGCUUCGUCCCAAAUCAAGAAUCAACGGCUACUCAGCAACAAAAAUGUUGUUCAGUGUCGCGUUGUUCUCCUCGACGGAACAGAUUUACCAAUUGAACUUUCUAAAAAGGCUUUGGCCAGUGACUUGUACGAACAAGUCUUUUAUAGCCUGGAUCUCAUUGAAAAGGAUUAUUUUGGUUUACAGUAUACAGAUAGUAAUAAUGUUCAACAUUGGCUUGAUCCUACUAAACCAAUUAAGAAGCAAGUUAAAAUUGGGCCACCAUACACUCUGAGGCUAAAAGUGAAAUUCUAUUCAUCCGAGCCAAAUACACUGAGAGAAGAAUUGACGCGCUAUCAAUUCUUCUUGCAAUUAAAACAGGAUGUUCUUGAAGGAAGAUUGCACUGUCCUCAUCCCAUUGCUGUCCAAUUGGCAGCAUUGGCAUUGCAAUCCGAGUUGGGUGAUUAUGAUCCCUCUACACACAGUGCAGCAACUGUAUCUGAAUUUCGAUUCGUACCGGGCCAAACGGAGCAGAUGGAGCUAGAAAUUCUUGAAGAGUAUGUCAAGUGCUCUGGUCUGAGUCCUGCGCAAGCAGAAUCUGCCUAUCUUUCAAAGGCCAAAUGGUUGGAUAUGUACGGUGUAGAUAUGCAUACGGUCCUGGGGAAGGAUGCCUGCGAAUAUUCAUUAGGACUUACUCCAACCGGCAUCCUCGUCUUCGAAGGAACUCAAAAAAUUGGUUUGUUCUUCUGGCCGAAGAUCGGACGCUUGGACUUUAAGAAGAAGAAACUUACGCUCGUUGUUGUCGAGGAAGAUGACGAAGGGCGUGGCGAGCAGGAGCACACCUUCGUCUUUCGUCUGGUGAAUGAGAAGGCCUGCAAGCAUUUAUGGAAGUGUGCCGUAGAACAUCAUGCCUUCUUCAGAUUACGAGCACCUGUAAAAGGUGCCAGCGGUAGACAGAACUUCUUCAGGAUGGGUUCUCGCUUCCGAUACUCGGGUAAGACAGAAUUUCAAACGACGCAGCUGAACAGAGCUCGGAGAACCGUACAAUUUGAAAGAAGACCAAGUCAACGUUAUGCCAGAAGACAAAGUCACGUUCUUAGAGAGCGGCAGAGGCAAACCGACGUUCCUCAAACAUCGAAUACAACUGCCACGACAACAAGCACUACAACAACUACCAAUGAAGAAAUUUUGCAGCGUCAGCCAAGCCGAUGCAGCACAAAGUCUUCGGAUUCGGGUAGCGUUCAAGGCGCAUCUUCGCCACUGGUGGACUCCCUAUUGAAGAGUUUAGCAAAGGAUCAGCAACCACCAGAACCGAGAAAUCAAACAGCCAUUUCGACUUCGGAGAAAGAAGCAGAACCAGUUAAACCGAGUCUUACUGGAGAAUCAUUAGCUUGUUCCACUCAGCUCGUACCGAAUAAUCAGGUCGGUGGUGCAGGAUCUCUUCCGCCCAGGACACCAAUUCCUCCGGAAUCCUUAAAGUGCAAUAUCCUCAAAGCGAAGAGCCUAGAACUCGGAAAAAACUCUAAUCUUGUAUCCGUUACUCCGUGUGACAAUGCUUCGAGUCUCAAUGACAAGAAUCAACAUUCAGAUGCUGCUGCAACUAUUGUUUCCGUGGGUGGAGACAAGCUGACUCUAUCCGUGAGUGGAUCAUCGGCGACCUCGAAACCAGCAACAGACGACUCAGUGACAGUUACCCAUUUCUCUCUGGACAGUUGGGGCCAGAUCGAACAGAAGACUACGGGACUAAGUCCCAAGGUGUCGAACAAUCAAUCCCAGGCCCAAACUCAACCACAAACGACAAUUCAAGCUCCACCUCAGACCCCUAAUCAAUCUCAGAAUCCCUUCAAUCCUUUCACCAACGUCGAAAUGACGACCGUCGAGGAGCGCCGGAAGGACGAAGAGGAAGCCAAGAAAAACACGAAUCCCUUUAUCGAUUCGAAUCCGUUCCUAGGACUCUUGAAUCCUUUCAAAGAUGAACAGCCUUCUCCAGAAAAAAAGACAGAACCUGAGAAGCCUAAAACCGGGGCGAGGAUUGUGAAGACUGAAGAGAUACAAACUACCACGACUACCGUGCACAAGGAUGAUGUUCCGGCUGCUUCGGAUAUCAGUCCUUGGCUCGUUGCUGAACCUUCACAAUCCACAUCGCAAACUCUUGCGAAGCAACACACUGUUAUUACUCGUAAGACAGUAAUCACUACGCAACUUUAGGCAGCAUAUGAGAAACCACUGUGUGCUUGGAGGUUUAGAAUUUGAUAUAUAUACAUGUCCCUUAUACUAUGGGAUCAUUCGUAGUGUCGAGUAUCACCUCGUCGUAAUGAGAAAUUAAAGACAUCGUCUAGCGAAUUCUGAUGAGUUGUUUUUUCACAAUAUAAUUAAAGUUUCAAUACGAUGAUAAUAAAUGACAUGCUGAGCCCACACUACGAAUAAUCUCUGACAGGAAUCUCUAUGAAAUAAACCACAGUUUCGUGGAGCUGCAUUGUAGUAGAUCGCCAUGCAAUGAGGCAAUCGAUCUCCUUUUUAUUUUUCCAUAUUAAAAUGGAAACGAGCCUAUUUACACAGACUGAAAUCGAAUAUUGAUUAUCGGCGUGCUGUGCAAUGACUUUGGACCCAACGAUAAAAAAAUAAGCAGUAAAACCUGUGCAAGUCAAUUGGUUCAACAAAAAGUAUUUUACAAAAUGUUUGUCAGAAUUUGCCAACUUCUCAGGUUUACCUAUACUCAUUCUUGUCAUUACACUCACGUAUACUUAAAGGCAAGCUACUUGAUAUUUUUGAUACUAUAACAUUGUGUGAAUGUAAUAUUUGCACUUAAAGGAAGACAAGGAUAAUUUGAGAUAACAUUUAUGAACAUUCUUUUGAAAUGUCUCAAAGAGUCCUUGUACUUCUUGCAUAUAGGCAGCAUUAGUGUCUACUUGGAAUUUUAUGUAUUAUUUACUUUUUCACAUUCCUCUGGAGGAACAGGGACCCAUAUUGUAUUAGUAAUUAAGUUAUGUGAGAUGAUGCAGGAUUUUCAACAUGGCUUUUCAUGUACAAUACAAAGAACGUACCUCGUUUUCAGUGGAAUAUAUGUCUACAAGUAAACAAGUAUUGGAAAUAGAUUCAAUGACAAUGGGAACUAGUUUUAAAUAUUAUAUGGAUACUUAAUACUAAUAACGAAGUGUACUUUAAUCUGUGCAAAUCUUUUUUACUUUGUUGAAAACCCUGUAUAAGUGCUGAUGAUAUACUACACGACAUACACGUUUACACAUUAAUAUGUAUAUUAUUUAGUAAAAUCCCUAAUGUAUUCCGUCCCAAGAUCAUAAAUACAUAUAUAUAUACAAUGUUAUUAAUGUAUCUAGAUUAUGGAAUCCUAUGCUACAUUAAAUCUAUGUGUACACAUUGUAUUACACAUUGUAAAGACGUGCCUUUUGCCUUAUA